GGAUAAUAUAAAUAUUUUUUGAUAGUUCAAAUUGGGAAAUUUGAUUGAAAAUAUAGUGCUAGUGUCUGGUGAUGCCCGUGACAAAUGUGCUUGAUGAAAAAAGUUUGUGUUGGAUAAUAUAUUUGAAAUGAGUUGAAUUUGCAAUCAGAGGAUUGAAUGUGAGAAAAAUUAUUGCCAUACAUUGGUAUGUGGGAACUGCAAUAACCAAUUUUAGUAGAGCUAUUACAAAAAUGAUAUACAAUGAGAGAAUUAUCUGGAAAAAUUAUUAAGUGUUUAUUAUGAUAUUUCAUAAAUGUUGCAAGCAGAAUUUGCAAAUUGAAAAACUUAAUUAUGAGUUAAUGUCAUAAGCCAGAGUGCCUCAGGAGGAUUAAAAUUCAAGAAAAUAAGAAGAAAUUAAAAAUGGAUAUAAUAUGCCCAAAUCAGGAAUUAUUUGAUUCACCUAUUUUUAAUGGAACAUGGACUCGAAAUUCAAGAUGUUUGGACGAUGCUAUCAGUUCGAUUAUAUUUUGUAUAAGCGUUUAUACAUAUGUUAUAACAGCUUUAUGCUUAUUGUGCCAUAGGAAAAGGUCAGACCAAGUGUCUACAUGUAUUCUUCUACCAAAACAUUUAAUAAGAAGUGUACUAUCAUUAAUUAUAUCCAUAACUUGGUGCCUUGCAUUAGGAGAAGCAAUAUUAUCCCAUAAAUAUAAAGCCAAAAACAGAAACAAAUGGUCCUUUACAUUAUCCAUUGGUAAACCCAUCUUGGGCCUUCUAGCAAUCAUAGGAUACAACAUUUGUAGUAGAUUAAUAGAGAUUAAUAGAGAUAAAACUAGAAAUAGAGGUAGAUACAAAUGGCUUUUGGCAAGCGCAAGUAUGUACUUAAUUCUAUGUUUAUGGAUGGUUACACAAACAAUGAAUAAUAAACUUUUAUUGAAUGGCCAAAAAUUCUUAUUGCCAAUGCUUGAUGCUGUUGUAACAAUAUUUUAUAUAUUUAUUUUUAUUUUAGAUUUAUAUACAGGCAUUUCCGAGUUUAUUAAAAGAAAUACCUAUUACAUAGAAGAAGAUGAACAUGGCGAAAAUCCAUUUGAACACGAACGCCAUAUUGCUUAUAAAUAUAAUAAGGCGACAUUUCUAUCCAGAGCAAGUUUUUGGUUCUUGACAUCAUUAUUAAGAGACGGCUAUAGAACUCCGUUGGAAUUUGAAAAUUUAGGAGUAUUACCUCCGGAAGAGAGUUCGUCGAAGAUUUUUGAGAAAAUUAUUCGGAUAUUGGACAAUGAUAAUUUUCAAAUUAAGGCAAACGCAACGCUUUGGAAGUGCUAUUUAAAAUUAAUUUGGAAAACAUUUUUAUUGAGUGGAGUUUUGAAGUUUUUUGGCGAUGUUGCGGCUUUGAUUGGACCACUUGGUUUAGCUGUUAUAAUAGAUCAUGUCGACGGUAAAAAUACUGUGUAUUAUUCUUCUGCAGAUGAAGAAUCAAUAACUAUAGGUGAAUUUUUUAGAAAUGGGUAUGUUAUGGCAUUUAUUGUGCUAUUCGCCGCAGUAGCCCAGGGUUUGCUUUCACAAGCUGCAACACAUUUAGCAAAUUUAUCUGCACUCAGGAUAAAAGUGGCGAUGCAAGCUUUGAUAUAUGAAAAAACAUUAAGAUUGUCAAAUAACCAGAACGAAACAGAAAAUCAAAAUGAAAAAUCUAGUGAUGAACUAGUUAUGAAUAAAACAUCUAAAUAUACAAGAAAAUUCCAAACCAUUAAUCAUUUGAAAACACCGAAGAUAUGGAAGACGUCUUCAAAUAAAAAGGAAUCUGACAAAAUUAGAAAUAUAACUCUGGAUGCAAAACAAGAAGAUGUAGGCCAAAAACAUAAAACUGUUUUGGGAUCAACUAUGAAUCUAAUUCAAGAAGACGCUGCAAAUGUUAUGAAUUUCAUUUGUAUAGGGCAUCACGUAUGGGCGAUUCCUUUGAAGAUAACUUUAUUAGUGUAUCUUUUAUAUUUACAACUUGGAGUUAGUGCAAUUUUUGGAGCAUUGAUCUGCGUUUUUACAGUAACCCCAUUGCAGUUUAUUAUUGGCAAAGCUAUGUCAAAAAAUUCAAAAUUAUCUUUCAGUAAAAGCGAUGAAAGGUUAAGAAAUGUUACUGAAGUUAUUCAAAAUUUGAAGACAAUAAAAAUAAAUGCUUGGGACGAUAUAUUUAAAAAUAAAUUAAAUAAUUCUCGUAAAGACGAACUAAAAUAUUUGAAUAAAGAUUCUCUAUAUUGGGCUCUCAUGACAUUUUUAACUCACCUAUGCACUGUCCUGAUAGCAACUGUAUCAUUUCUUCUAAGUUUUUACUUUACAUUUAAUACCAAGACCAAUGAAAUGGCAAAUACAAAUUACAAAUCAGGAAAUUCAACUUUUCUGGAGGAUCAAAGUGGAAGUUAUUUGGGACCUGCUGAAGUAUUUUCGUCUCUUGCAUUAUUCAAUCAGUUAGCUGUACCAUUAUUUAUGUUUCCAGCUAUUUUGCCAGUUGCUAUUUCUGCCUUAGUCAGUACAAAACGUAUUGCAAAAUAUUUAUCGAAAAUUGAAUGCAAAAAUUUAUUGCCCGAGGACGAGGAAAAUAAUAUUAACUCAAAAAGAUUAAUAAAAAAUAUCGACGUAUUAUCUGAAUAUAAUAAGAAGAUAUUUGAUGUGACAAGCACAUUCUCAAAUUUAAAGGAAGCAAACAACUUACAAAAUGCUUUCCUUAAUAUUUGUGAAGAACAAAAAGAUUUUAAACCAAAAGACAAAAAUAUUUCGGUUAAAAACCUACUAUUGGAAAAUCAAAAUGAGGAUCAUAAUGGAUCUGCACUGAAAUUAGAUUCGUGUCAAUUUUCUUGGAAUCUAAUGGGAAAUGAAAUAUCUUUGCAUGUUGCAUAUCUGGAAAUUCCUAAAGGAAAACUGACUCUAAUCGUUGGAAAUACAGGAUCAGGAAAAACUUCUUUUAUGUCCGCAAUUUUGAGCGAAAUGUUUCUAAUACAAGGAUCCAUGAAAUGGGCCAGUGAUACACGUAUCGCAUAUUGCGCCCAAAAACCAUUUCUCAUGAAUGCAUCUAUUCAGGAGAAUAUUACAAUGUUUGGACAACAUUUAUGUCGUGAUAAAAAUUGUAAAAGGUAUAAGAAGGUUUUGAAAUUAUGUGCAUUGGAUAAAGAAUUGACAGAAAUUCAACAGAGUAAUCUUCAAACUAUUGGAGAAAAUGGUAAUACAUUAAGUGGUGGACAAAAGCAAAGAAUUUGUUUAGCUCGAGCCAUAUAUUCAGGAGCAAAUGUUGUUGCACUAGACGACCCAUUUUCUGCUUUGGAUGAACAAGUCUCCCAACAAGUUUUUGAUUCGACGAUACAGAACUAUUUAUUAAGAAAAAAUAUAACUGUAGUAAUGGCAACUAAUAAAUUAAAAUUGCUACAAUAUGCUGAUCAGAUUAUAGCAUUAGAAGAUAAUAAGAUUCGUGCAGUAGGAUCCUUGAAGGAGUUAGAAGUGAUAGAUCCAAUUUUAACAAAAUCUUGGAAAAAUUCAUUAUCAAAUGAAAAGUCUGAAAAUACAAGAACUGCUAAAGAUCGAUGGCGUCUGUGCAGAAUGGUGACUUCAGCUAGUUUUCAUUUUAACAAGAAAACUAAUUUAAUAUCGAAUACGAGACCAGAGUUUACACCACCGAGAAGUACUCGCUCCAGUAUCGCAUAUGAUCCAUGUUUAAGUUUUGAUUUACCUUUACUUUGGAACGAAUUAACUGAAAGCAAUGAUGGUUUACUAACGAGAAAUUCAUCAAUACGCAGUUGUUAUUCUCACAAGCCUACAGCUCGAGCAAUAUCCUUGCAAAGUCAAAGACAUAGAAAUUCGAGGAUAUUUAGGAAUAAUUUUGGUAAUUUACCAAAUAUGGAAGAAAUAUCCGAAAAACCUAAUGGGCAUGAAGAUAUAAGAUCUAAAAGGCAUACAAUCGAUUCACCUCAUGCAAGUAACAUACUUCGUCAAAUUUUAUCGAAAACUCAAAAUGUGAAUAAAACUCUGAGCGAUAAUAAAAGUGGAGAACAGAGAAAUAUCUUUAGAAGGCUGGCAGAUCGAUUAUCUUUCAGACGAUCGAACAGGAGCAAAGAAAUUAAUCGGCACAAAAUAAUUUCUCGAUUAAUGUCUGAUGCAUCUGAUAUAACAGUCGAUUUAAACGACCUAGCUUCUUGUGAAACACAUCAGAUAUCAUCAUUAAGUGAAUAUAACUACAACCAGAGAACGGCAGAAAAUCAGGAGAGAAUUUAUGGAACAAUUCCUUUGAAUAUUUAUCUAUAUUAUAUAAAAUGCUGUGGUAUAAAAAUAUGCACUUUGUAUAUAUUCCUAGCGUUUCUGUGGCAAGGAUUAAGAUUAUUUGCUGAUAUGUCCUUAGGAAACUGGAGCAGAGAAAAUAUGGAAUCAUAUGAAGGAUUUGAUCAAAGUCACGAGAAAGCAUUCUCACUUCUAUCAACAUACUGUUACCAAUCAGCAAUAUGUGCCCUGGUGUCAUUGCUGUGUGCAUUUUCUGGACAAUGGGCCGGAUUGGUGGCCCGUAGUAAUAUUCACGAGUAUUUAACGACGGCCGUACUUAAAGAUAACAAUAUUUAUGGUGAAAUCGGAAGCACAAUUAAUAGAUUCUCCACCGACAUGAGUGUCAUAGAUAAGAAAUUAUGUUCGUCUAUACAACGUCUGGUACAAUUCCUGCUGCUUUGUUUAUGUGCCAUAUUAGUUAACUGUAUAGUGUCAUUAUGGUUUUUAGUUGUAACAAUAUUUAUUGGCACUGCUUAUUACGCCGUGCAGAAAUUCUAUAGAAGAUCUUCCAGAGAAUUGCAGAGACUGGAAAGUUUAUCCAGAUCGCCCAUUUUCACUUUAUUCAGUGAUACAUGCAGAGGAGCACAGACUAUAAGAAUAUAUUCGAAAUCUAAAGAAUUUUCAAGACUUAUGUUUCUCAAACUUGAUGACAAUACAAAUUCACAAUUACUUUUGGACACUAGUGCUAGAUGGCUGGGUGUUGCCCUGGAUUGCUUAGGAGGUUUCAUAGUUUUCGCAUCUGCCUUGACUGCCCUAUAUUUUACCGAAAGUGAAAAUUCUUCGAUAGCUGGCUUUGCUCUAAAUAGCACUUUGCUGGCGCCAAUGUAUUUGAAUUGGGUAGUAAGAUUUAUUUCCGAAGUGGAAAUUAGUGCAAAUGCUGUACACAGGAUUAAAAUUUACUGCGAUGAUGCAGAGGAAGAUAUUGAAUAUGAUCCGAAAAGUCAACUGAAGAAAAUUCAGGACGAUAUUCCGGAAGAAAAUUUUGAUAAGAAAAACUCAGCUUCAAAGAUAUAUUUAGAAGAAAAUGACAAAAUAUAUGAUGGGGAUGUUGUUCAAUUAAGAAAGAACUCAAAUGUAGAAGGUUCUUUGUAUCAAAUCAUAUUCAACAAAGUAACUCUGCAUCACCAUCUACAGUCUAAUGCAGUAAUAACAAAUCUGAAUCUGGUCAUAGCACCUGGGGAAAAGUUGGCAGUGUGUGGACGUACAGCUAGUGGAAAAUCUAGUCUAUUUUUAUCAUUAUUUGGGCUGAUGAAAAUAACCCAAGGAGCUAUUAUGUUAGGCAAUGUAAACCUAACAAAUUUAGAUAAACAAAAGUUUACUGAAAUUCGAGAUAAAUUGUGCUGUGUAUCACAGGAAGGUGCCUUGUUUUCUGGCAGUUUUCGGCAUAAUUUAGAUCCAAAAGGUGAAUAUACAGAUGAACAAAUAUGGGGUUGUUUAGAAUUAGUAAAAAUGAAAAACUUUAUAGAAGAAUUUCCUGGCGGUUUAGAUAAUGAAAUAUCAACAGAAGGUGGAUCUUUAAGUCAUGGCCAGAGGCAAUUAAUAUGUCUAGCCAGAGUAGCCUUAAAAGCAAAAUGGAAAUCUACAUAUCCUAUUAUAUUAGAUGAAUGUACAAGUGCAGUGGAUCCCCAAACUGAAAAAAUUGUUUUAAAAGAUUUCUGGAAAACUUUCCACGAUAGAACAAUCAUUUGCAUAGCUCAUCGUCUGUCUGUUAUAAUGGAUUUCGAUAGAGUUAUCGUUCUGGAAAACGGCAAAAUUAUUGAAAAUGAUCGUCCAGAAGUGCUUCGUCAUUCACAGAAUGGAAAAUUUGCAGCAAUGUUGAAAACUUCGGAAAUGUAAUAAAUGUACAA